CAUCCCAUGAUCUCCGUUGGACGCGGCGUCGCCAAUGAAGAUGUGCAUGGAAUCUUUGUGCGCCUGGUGGCGGCUCUGCCGAGCGCAGGAGAAGGAGACGUCAAGCGUGUAGUUGCACAGCUCGCAGGAGUAGUAAGCAUUGUGCAAGUCGGCGGGACUAUGACGGGUCCGCCGGCGUGACCUGCAGGUCGUGGGGUCGACUGGCGUCGUCGGUGAGCUGUGGAUCGUCGCCGCCUAGCCUCUCAUCGUUGACUGAGAUCGAUUGUUUGGAUCACUGCUAAAUUUAGUAAAUUGGAGAAAUAUGAAAAAUUAAGCGGAUAAUCCCAAAAUGAAUCCCUCGCAUAUCCAUCACAAUUUUUAUGGCCGAGGUUGGUACUUGGACUCCCCUCGUCCUCUUCUCUCUCGAUCGUAGCAGGGAUGGCGUUGCCUCGGUUUCUGCCCCAUUCCUCAUCCUGCCUCCUCUCCCCACUCCACAAUCCCUGGCCCCUCUCUCUCCUCAACGCCGCAGGUGGCAGGAGGAUCGUCGACGGCUCCGCCGUACGUGUUCGCAUCCGAGGGAGCCUCGCCCCACCGGAGUCCUCAGUGGCUGACUUCUGGCAGUGGAUGUCCAAGAAGGGUGCGGUCUCUGCCUCGUCCGCUGUGGUGAAGCCUGGAUUCGUGCCGGAGGGUUUGGGGCUCGUGGCCCAGAGGGACAUCCCUAGAAACGAGGUGGUGGUGGAGAUUCCGAAAAGUCUCUGGAUCGACGCGGACACGGUAGCGGCCUCCGAGAUUGGGAGGUUGUGCGGCGGCCUCAGGCCAUGGGUCGCCAUCGCCCUCUUCCUCCUCCGGGAGAAGGCCCUGGGCCAGGCCUCCCCCUGGCACCCCUAUCUCAACAUCCUUCCGACGACUACCAAUUCCACUCUCUUCUGGCCAGAAGAGGAGCUCUCUGAGAUACAAGGGACUCAACUACUGAGCACCACAAUCGGUGCCAAAGACUAUGUUGAAAGUGAAUUUACAAAAGUGGAAGCAGAAGUCAUACUUCCAAACAAAGAUCUCUUCCCUUCAGCCAUAACUUUGCUUGAUUUUCUUUGGGCUUUCGGAAUGCUCAGGUCAAGAGCUUUUUCACGUCUUCGUGGUGAAAAUCUUGCUCUAGUUCCGCUAGCUGAUCUUAUCAACCAUAGUUCCAAUAUUACUGUAGAGGAAUCUUCCUGGGAGAUCAAAGGAAAGGGCCUUUUCUCAAGGGAACUGAUAUUCUCCCUUAGGACACCAGCCUACAUCAAAUCUGGUGAACAGGUAUAUAUUCAGUAUGAUAUGGGGAAGAGCAAUGCUGAUCUGGCCCUCGAUUAUGGUUUUGUUGACCCGAGGCCUGAUCGGGAUGCAUAUACUCUUACUUUAGAGAUAAGUGAAUUGGACCCGUUUUAUGGAGACAAACUAGACAUUGCAGAAUCUAAUGGUUUAGCUGAAACUGCAUACUUUGAUGUUGUUCAAGGUCACACUCUUCCUCCAUUGAUGCUUCCAUAUUUACGGUUGGUGGCUCUUGGAGGAACAGAUGCUUUUCUCUUAGAAUCGAUUUUCAGAAAUUCAGUUUGGGAUCAUCUUGAAUUGCCUGUGAGUCGAGCCAAUGAAGAAACUAUCUGUCGUGUUGUCAGAGAUGCCUGCAAAUCUGCCCUCUCUGGCUAUGGCACUACUAUAGAAGAGGAUGAAAAACUUAUGGAAAGGGGGAAUCUGGGUGAGAGACUUGGCAUUGCCGUUCGCAUAAGAGUAGGCGAGAAGAAACUACUCCGGCAAAUUGAUGAUGCUUUCCGAGACCGAGAGUCCGAGUUGGAUGGCUUAGAAUAUUAUCAGGAGAGGCGGCUCAAGGAUCUGGGACUUGUUGGGGAGCAAGGCGAAAUCAUCUUUUGGGAAACUAAAUAGGCUGGAGAAUCCAUUUUCUUUCUAAAGUACUCUAAUCCUUCUUUUCAUAGCUUUUCUUUUGGACAAUGUAUAUGAGUUUGUUAUGAGCUAAUCCAGAUUCACUUAACUA